UCAUUCAGGACAUUUCAUAAUAUUUUAGCGAAAUACAUAAACCCUAAGGAACCAAAUUUUGAUGAGUUCCUCGAUGCGGCCACAUUUUGCUAUAACACCUCUGUCCACGAAACCACUAAAGAGACGCCGUUCUUUCUUGUCUUCGGACGCGACCCUAUAUUCUCAAUUGACCAAAUCAUGGACACCACUAUCUCCACCCUUCCCCAACACACUGACCUCUCAGACUUUAAGACCCGACUUGUACUCUCCCUCAGAAAAGCUUGGAUCUCAGCGGCAGAAGCCACCAAGCAAGCUCAAGACAAAUCCAAAACCCAAUAUGAUAAACACUCCCGGUCUCAAAUCAUUGCGAUUGGAGACCGAGUCCUUCUUAGGAACUACACAGGAAAACCAGGAACAUCCCAAAAAUUCCAUCUCCCCUGGAAAGGAUUGUUUCGGGUAAUAGACGCAGACGAUAUACACGCAACCAUUAUAAGUUGCACCUCCCCCCAAUCGAAACCCCAAAGAGUGCACCUAAACCAGAUUAAAAAAUUUAUAGGACCCGAGAUAACAACACCUGCACUAACUACCCCAGAAAUCCCAUCAGAAGAGUCAGAAGCUUUAAAACAAUCUCAGGCGGUAGAACUAGAUGAAGUCAUAGGAUACAAUCAUGAAUCGCCUGAAAAUAGUAACCAAAACAUGAACAAAUCCCAAGACCCACAAAACCCCACAGGAAUAAACCCGGACACUGAGAUAAGAAACACUCACCAAUACAAUCUUAGAAGUAAGCGACAAUAA